CGAAUUAAAAUUAAAAAACAAUAUAAAAUCGACCUCAUCUAUUUUAUUACUCGUAUUUCUAUUCUGAAUUCCGAAUUGAAAGAAAGAAGAAAAGAGGGAAAGGAAAACCUAGAAACACCCAAAUCAAUCAGAACCGUCCUUUCUAGGGUUUACUGUUAGAGAGAGAAAGCCCAAGCGAAAGAGAAGAGAGAGAAAGAGUCGAAGAUGCCGAAGAACAAGGGAAAGGGAGGAAAGAACAGGAAGAGAGGUAAGAACGAAGCCGAUGAUGAAAAGAGAGAACUUGUAUUUAAAGAAGAUGGACAGGAAUACGCUCAAGUUCUUCGUAUGCUUGGUAAUGGCCGAUGUGAAGCCAUGUGUAUUGAUAAUGCUAAGCGUCUUUGUCAUAUUCGUGGUAAGAUGCAUAAGAAAGUUUGGAUCGCUGCUGGUGAUAUCAUCCUCGUUGGUCUCCGUGAUUAUCAGGAUGACAAGGCCGAUGUUAUCCUUAAGUACAUGCCCGAUGAAGCCAGGUUGCUGAAGGCUUAUGGUGAGUUGCCCGACAACAUCAGGCUUAACGAAGGUAUCAGCAAUACCAUGGAUGAGGACGAAGAGGGUGAUGGUGAAGAAUACAUUGAGUUUGAGGAUGAAGAUAUUGAUAAGAUAUGAGCAAUCUAAGUUUGUUCUGCUUAAAAUGCAAUUUUACUUCUGCCGAACCUUUGUUGUCAACUACAUUUUCUGAGUUUGAUUAAAAGAAAUUGAUGUACUAAUCUCUUUACAUGCGUGAAUUACUAUUCGAGUGGUAAUUGUUUGAUAUUUAUGCUCAAGGCAUUUGAUGGCUCAAUAAAUAUACAGUCCAUCUCUAGACUAUCCUCCUUGUGUAGUUGUAUGUGUCAAAAAUAUUGCUCCAGUCUUCAAUUGAUUUAAAGAAUUUACUUGCC